GGAGAUGUCUGAUGAAGAGAGGGAGGAGAUCCGCGAGGAGGAUGUGAUUAAGAUCCUCGUGACGACCGACAAUCACCUGGGCUAUCUGGAGAAAGACUCGAUUCGAGGCGAGGACAGCUUCAUAACCUUCGAGGAGUGUCUGCAGCACGCCCAAGAGAAUAAUGUGGACAUGAUCUUGCUGGGUGGAGAUCUCUUCCACGUGGCCAAUCCCUCGCAGAACUCCAUGAACCGCUGCCUGAAGAUUCUCAGGAAUUACGUCCUGGGCGACAAACCGAUAGAUCUGGAGUUCCGCAGCGAUCAGAACGUCAACUUCUGGGACGCGCUCAAUCGCACGGUCAACUAUGAGGAUCCCAACAUGAACAUCUCGAUCCCGGUGUUCUCCAUCCAUGGCAAUCACGAUGAUCCCAGUGGCUUCGGGCGACUGAGCUGCAUGGACAUCCUGGCUAGCACUGGACUGCUCAACUACUUCGGGAAGUGCCUCAAUCUGGAGAAGGUCGUCGUGAGUCCGCUGAUGAUCGCCAAGGGCGCCACCAAGUUGGCUCUGCUGGGCCUCAGCCACAUCCACGAUACUCGCCUGGUGCGCCUGUUCGAGAGCGGGAAUGUCACCUUCGAGAAGGCGCUGAACGACGAGGAGUGGUUCAAUCUACUUGUCCUCCACCAGAACCAUGCCGACCGUGGCCGCAAGAAAUUCAUUCCCGAGGAGGCGCUGCCUCGCUUCCUGGACCUUAUAAUCUGGGGCCACGAGCAUGACAGCCACAUCAAUCCCGAACAGAAUCUCAAGAUGAAGUUCUUCGUCUCGCAGCCAGGCUCCACUGUGGCCACGUCGCUGAGCGAGGGAGAGUCGCUGCCCAAGCACUGCGGAGUGCUUAAGAUCUACAAGAAGCAGUUCGACAUGACAUCCAUAAAGCUACAGCGAGUGCGUCCUUUUGUCUUUGGCAACCUCAACAUGGACGAUCACGAGGCGGAGCUGAAUGAGCCCCGCACGAAGCUGGAGGACCAAAUAUUCAAGCUCAUCUCUCGCAGGAUUGAGGAGAUGAUCAAGGCGGCGAAGAAGCAACUCUCGGGCGACCCGAAGCAGCCCACACUGCCGCUCAUCCGGCUGAGAGUGCAGUAUAGUCAGGAAAAUCACUGCUUCAACCCCAACAUCUUUCACGUGCACUUCUUCGAGCGCGUGGCCAAUCCCAAUGACGUUGUUGUGCUCAACAGACAGAUUUCCCGCAUCAAGUCGGAAUGCAAGGUCGACGAGACUGCCUUCUCGGAUGCCUUUGACCGGGAGCGCCAGAAUGAGAAUUACCAAGUAUCUGACGUGGUGAAUCGCUAUUUCAGCACCGUCGAGAACGCUCAAAAUCUGGAAGUGCAGUCCAUCAAGUGCCUGGGUGAGGUUUGUCGUCAUCUUAUACGCGAAGACGAGGACGCAGCUGAGAAGCUGGUGAACUUCCACGUGCAGAUGGCCAUCGGCCACUUGGAGGAGAAGCUGCCGGACGUGGACCAGGUGGAGGAGGCACUUGAGGAGUUCGGGGCCAAGAGCGGAGAAGUCUUUGACAAAGCUGUGAAGAUGCUGGACGAGGCGGGCAUGAGCACAACCGUCUCGACUGCUCAAGAUGCUCCCGCAUCUGCUUCCUUUGUGUCUGACGACGAUGAAGCUCAGGAGUCGACAUCUUCCCGUGCCAGCUCGACUACCAGAGGCCGCGGAAGGGGCGGCAAGAGAGGUCGCGGAGCUAAGGCGCUGGAAGUCACGGUGAGGAAUCAACGGUCUUCGAAGAAGCAACCAACAAUCCAAGAAUCUCUCUCGCAAGCCUCCUCCAGGCAAACCCGCGCCACCAGGAGCAACAGGAAGAUCGUCUACGAUUCCGGAUCAGACUGAUCACCAGAAUCCCCGAACUUCAUUAAUUCCAUUU